AUGAAAGAAAAUGAAUUAAGUCUCAUAAAAUCUGGGAUAAAUAAUAUGUAUUAAACUGAUCAACUCAUUUUACAAUGUUACGAUUCCUAUUACUUACCUGAUUUUUAAGACAAUAAGAGUUAUUUUGUUGUUGAAUUAGAAUUUUGUGAUCUGCCUUUAGUAAGCUUUAAAAAAUAACAUAGCGAUUUUUUUGACUAAAUAAUAAAUUAAUUGAUUUCUACUUUUUAAUCAUACUUUUAAGGUAAGUACACAAUCGAAAUCGAUUAAUAUGAUUUGAGAUUAGGAGAUUUAGAGUUUUUUAUUAAAAUUCUAAGUGAAAAUCAGAUUUGUGUUAAACUUAAUUUAUUAAGCUUAAAAAGUUAUGUUUAAAAGUAUUAGGCUUAUGAAGAAAAUAGUAAAACUAAACAAAUUAUAAUUGAAACUUAAAAUAUGGAGAAUGAAAUUAAAAUUUCGGAAGAUUAGAUUUAGAACUUUUUAAAUUUGAUCAGUAAAGAAAUACAAAAAUAAGACCUUGUUAAGGAAAUAAAAGAAUCCUAUUCUUAUCUUUUAGAGAAAUACUCUAUAGAUAUUUUUGAAAAUAUUUCUUAGCACCCUUAAUAUUAAAGUUACUAGGUAAAAGCGGAUAUAGAUGGUUGUUUAAACUUGACUGCUAUUUAUAAAUAAGAUAAAUAAAUACCGUAAAUACUUGGCUGCUCCUCUAAAUUAGCAUAAAGCCCAAGCCAAUAGAGAGUACCUUUAAUAAUUGAAGAAUCAAAGAUGUCCUCCACUCCUCAGGUUGAGAAUGUCCAAGGAGUUACAGUAAACUUAUAAAUUUAUAAAAUUAAAACUUUUUAAGAAGCCUUAUUAUUGUAAAAUAAAUUGGAUCGCUGUGCGUUAAGUAAAAGCUGCUCUACAUUUAAUAUAAAUAGUGUUAAUGUAAUACCAUGUCAAAAUGAAUGCUAUGUUUUGGUAGAAAAAUCUAAAAUUUAAAAUAUUUAAAAUUGCAUAUCUAUUUAAGAAAUAAAUAUUAACGAAAAAAUUAUUAGUAUAUUCAACUCUUUUAAUGCCGAAAAUGAAAAAUUAAAAAAAGCAUUUAUUUUCCUACAAAAUUUAAUCAAUUUAAGUCAAGAUCUUUUAAUAGAAAAGAAUGUCUAAAUAACUAAAAUCAACCCUAGCAAUAUUUUAGUUGAUAAAUAAGAUGUUUCAAAUAGCAAAGUAUUUUAAUAUACUAUUGAUUAAUGCAUAUUUUUUGAAGAUUUCGAAUUAGCUUAUUAAAAUAAAGUGAAAUAAGUUUAUGAAGUUUUAAAAAUAAAAUUUAUUGCUGCUGAUAAAUUUAAUAAAAUGACACGUAGAGAGUACAUUUCUUCUGAUAAAUAUAUUGAAUCAUAUAUUGAACCUUUUUCAUAAAUACUUAGCUACAAUCUAAUUUAUGAGUAUUUUAGGGCCAUCUCUCAAAAUUCUACAGAAAAGGUUUGUUCAUUAUAUCUUUUGAUAUAAUAAUGUUUGAAAGUAUUAGAAUUGGUUAUAUUUUCUAGUUAGCAUUAUAAUCUUAAAGUUGUUGAUGAAUAAAAAAAUUCUAUAUAGCUAAUUAUAGAUUCAAAUAACAUUUUAUCUUUUAAGAAGCUAAAUAAGAUAUUAAAUCAUAAUUAAUAUCAUUCAAAAGAAUUUGAGAUGGAAAUCUGUGAGGAUGACUUAAUUAAUGAGCUUAUCAUAAUUGGUCAAUAAUUAAAAUUUACUGUAAUCACAAUGGAAAUUAUUGCUGAUUGGGAUCUUGAUUUCUUGAGUUUAGAUAUUUUUAAGACAUAGGAGUUUGAUAAUAUGAGCAUAAUUCACAAAGAUAUAAAUGAUAUUUUUGCUGAAGCCAUUAACUAGGGAACAUAAGAAGGCGUUUUAAAACAAAGUGAAGAUAAUAAAAUAAAAUUUCAUUAAAUAUGGAAAAUAUUACUAAAAUGGUGCAAGAUUUAAGUUGAGUUUCAAAGAUAAAUUAAUUUAGGGGAUUCCUUUUUAAUUUAGCCACUCCAUUUGAAUUAGUAGUAGAGUCUUAAUUAUUCAACAAAUAUCAUUUUGAUUUUGAAAAAUAGUUUCAUGAAUUAGUAGGGCUUAAGGACUUAAUUUUUAUUUAACGAAAGCGCCUUUUAAAAUUGUAAAAUAAACUUAUAAAGUAUUUCUACUAAUGCAAAAGUAGAUCUGCAAUUUUGUGAUCUUGUAAUAAAUCUAACUCAUAAACAAAUAGAAAAGAACAUUUAACAGAACGAAUUUAUUGAACUAGAUUUGGAUGAGCUGGGAUAUAUAAAGUUAUACUAAAAGAUGGUUUAUUAUCAAAAAAUAUAAUAAGAAUCUAAUAUAUUAAGGAAAGUUGUCACUGUGAAAUAAAUAGCGAAUCCUGCUAACAGAAGCAUAUCUCCGAAAACUCUACCUUUGCUAGAUAUUAAAAAAGAGAUUUACUCUAAAUAAGUUACCUAAAAUGGUGAUUCUUCAUAAAUUUUAUAUUUCAAUAACUAAAAUCUCUAAUUGAAAAAAAGCAACUCAUAAAAUAAUCUCAAAAAAAUUGAAUAGUAAUAGCAAUAGCUGCAGAAUUCUAACAAUAUCAAAGUCGUUAAAGUGAUCAAGCGGGAUAGCAUAAAAUCAGAUUUUUCAAAACUAAAUAGAUCUCAAUCUCCUAAAUAAGAAUUGAUCUAAGAUUCUAACAAAUUAACUCAACAAAAUAUUAACAUUUAGAUGAACAAAAACAAUUCACAGAGAAGCAUUAAAAUAUAAAACGGUUCUCCUGUUUUUAGAAAUAAAGGAAAUAAUAAGGAUAAUAAUUUAUUUUCAUUAGACUAUUCCCAAAUUUUAAACUAAUCUCAGCAACUGCUUGUAGAUGAAGGUGAAAACACCAGUUAAGAUAAUAGUAAACUACCCAAUAGCCCUUCUAACAAAAUUUUAAAUACGUCUGAUUUACAAAGAAGCAAAAACAUGAUCAAACUCAAUAUCAGUGGAGGAGCUUAAUUUAGAUUGAGAAGCACUUCUCCCUUGCAGAGGCAAUUCUAAGAUAAAAAAUUUUGUUCAAACGUUCUUUAGCAACAACAUGACAACUCAUUUUCUGCUUUAGCUAAAGAUGGGGUUACUUUAGUUAAGGGAACAUUUGUGAGACAUGCUUAGGAUUAAAAAAAUAAAGAAACUCUUUUAACAAAUUAACUAAAUACUUUAGGUGCUCUUUAAUUUUUUGUUUAAACAAUGCUCCCACCUUCACAUAGAAUAGGAACAUUUUAUUCUAUGCAUUGCCUCUACUUAUACUUAGAUACUCAUUCAUUUAAUAUUGCUACUAUGAAGAAAAAUGAUGAAGAAAUCGAAAAUAACUUAAAAUUUAAAGAAAUAAGAAAUUAACUUAGAAAGGAAGAGGCAACAUUUCAAGAUGAAUAUGAAUUUUUUAAGAAUAACAUGAUUCAAAAAGAAUUAGAAAUGAAAAUUCGAAAGAAAAUUAUAAACAUGAAAAAGUAUUAAUAAGUGAUGAUUGAAUAGGUUCCUAAAGAAAUUCUUGCUCCAUUCAGCACUUAAUUAAUGAACAAUAUUCUAAAUUUAAUAAAUUUAAAUGAAAAUAAUGAGUACAUCAUUAAGUAUUUUGCUAAAUUAACAGAAGAUCUGUUUGCUGAAGUUACGAUUAACUAUUAUCAUUCUUUGCAAAAAUCUAUAUUGGAUUACAUGCUUUUAUCAGAUGAAAUAGCAGUUAAGUUAAAUCUAACUGAAGGAAUCAAUAUUCCUAAACCAUAUGGAGAAAACGGAAUAGAAAACAUUUAUUUAAGUAAAAGCAGUUAAUAUUUCAUAGAGUAAUAAGGAUAUCAAGCAAUAAUAUCAGAUCAGAAAAGACAACUUAUUUCUAAAAUAGUUUUCUACAAUCCAGCUACAAUUGAAAUAUUUAAUUUAUUUUUAAGAUGUGAAAAAUAAAACAAGUUUAAAAUUAUUGAUGUAGCUGAUUUAGACUCUAAGCUAUUCAGUAUUAAAGAAUUUACUGAUCUUUACUAAAAAGGUCUAUAAUAAUUUAGUAGAUUUUUAAGCUAAGAACUUAAUGCUUGCUUGAUUGAUAUUUAUAGCAAGGUUAUUCAUGGAGAUUCAAAAAACUUAUUGGAUGAGAAUCGAGAUAAUUUUGAAGAAAAUUUUAUAAACACUUUUACAAAUUAAUUUUAGCAAUAAUUCUACACUUCUUCAGCUCUUCUGAUACAAACAUUGCUUCAAUAAAAGAUUUAUGAAAAUUUGGAAGACUAUAAAAGGUUGUUUAAAAAAUUCGAUAAAGCUCAUAUAAGAGAAGCAGAAGAAAUUAUAUUUAUGCAAGACGAUGAAGAUAUUUUGCAGCAGCACUAUGAAAAAAGAUUCUUAAAAAUAAAUCUUCGAUUUGAUGAAGAGAAAGAUGAAUUACAAUUCGAUACUACUUUGCCAAAAAUUAAAGAAGAAAUCCUCAAUUAUUUGAAUUCUAUUUUGAAAUGUGUACAAUAAAUUGAAAGGCCAGAAUAUACUAUAUUUAAGUCUCUAGAUAUCUUCAAUGAAUAUUCAUAAUUUUUUGAAAAGUAAAAGCAGUAUAUAAACAUUAUAGAUUAAGAUAGUGAAAUCUUCAAGAAUGUUUAUAGUUACAUAGAAAGGAUUAUUGAUUCUAAUUUUGUUGAAGUUGCUAAAAUAUUAAAAAUACAGAAGAUGUAUUGCUAAAUUUUUAAUCAUAAAAAAAUGAUAAUUAAGAAAAUUGAAAUUGACAAUGUGAAGCUUGAAAAGAAAGAUAUUACUAGAGAAUACAUUCGAAAAAGAAUAAAAAAAAUAUAGGUCUAUAGUGAACAAAUUUAAGAAGAUUUUUCUCCAUUUAUAAGGAUGAAUAUGAUUGAAGUUUAGUGUUACUAAAUGAGAUAAACACUGCUUAAAGAGUGCUUUAAUUUAUAGAUGAUAAUUCUUAAAGAUGCUAAAGAGUAUUUUCUUUAAAAAGUAAAUAAGGUUUAACAAAAAGUUUUAGAUGUUAUCGAGGAAAUCAAAAAACCAAUUGAACCUUCAAAUUACUAGCAUUUAAUCAACUUAGAAAAGAAAAUACAUGAAAUUAAAAUAUUUGAGUAUAAUGAAAUUGUUCUUUAAUAGUAAGAACUCAAAAAAUGGAUUUUCUACCUUCUGGAUUAUCCUUAUAGUUAACUAUCUUAAAAUGAGUUCAAUAAGUUUUAUCAUCUCACAAAAUUGAUUUUUUCAAUUAUCAUCAUAGCUGAAAAGGAAGAAGUAAGAGUUAAAAAUGAAAGAAUUCUUGUUGAAAAGGAGCUUCAGAAAGAAGUUAGGAUGCUUGAAGGUUAAACUGCAAAAAUUAGAUAAUAGUUAUCUGAGCUAAUAUUAAAAGGAGAUAACUCUUAGUCAAUGCAGGUUAUUCAAGAAAUUACUGAAGUUAAAAAACAAAUAUUUAAAGCUAAUGAUUGGAAACAGUAAAUUUAAAAGAAUUAAUUGUUGGUAGGCUUUGAUGUGACACCUAUGGAAUAAAUAGACACUUUCAUACAAUAAAUUAUUGCUUUUGAAAGACUUUGGAAUUUAUAAGCUCUGUGGGAAAAAAACUAAGUUUUGUGGAUUAAAGAUACUCCUAUGUUUAAGUUAGAUAUUAAAGAUAUUUAAAACAAAAUAAAAUACAUGAAAGAAGAAAUAGACUACCUUAACAAUUUUCCUUUUGAAAAACUGUUCUAAUAAGUACUUCAAGACCCUUCAAUUUAAAAGUUAUUACUUUCUAAACAAAACUAAAAUCAGAAUAUUUAAAACAAAGGAAAUUAGUAGAAAUUUGAAGGACCUGUGAAGAUUCUCAAGAAUAUUGAAAAAGAUUUAAGUUUAUUUGAAUUUCAUUUUGAACAAUUAAGUUAUAUCACUCAUCCAGCUUUAAAGCAAGAGGAUUAAGAAGAAAUUCAAAAUAUUGUUUAAGUUAAUCUGUAUAAAGAUAGAGAUCAUAUUGCUUUAAAAAGAGUGAUUGACACAAAUGUUAGAAAAUAUUUACCUGAAAUAGAUCGAAUCCUUUCAAGAAAGCUAGAGCUUUUUAACAUCGAGUCUACAUUAGAAAGAAUUAUUAAAGACUGGAGCUCAACUAAAAUUUAAUUUGUGUUUGAUGAGAAUGGUCUGGAAUACAUUGAGCAACAGUAGCUUCUCCAGAUUGUUUAAAAAGCUUAAGAACAUUAAGUAGAGCUAUUUUUAGUUGAGUCAUACGAAAAGAAAGAGUUUGAAGAUAAAAUACACCAACUUUAAGAUAAAAUGAAAUCAGCUGAGAUUCUAGGUACUCUUCUUAUGAAAGUACAGGAUUUGUGGAAAAGAUAUUUCAUGUUUUUUGAUUAAAAUCCUGAUAAUUAAAAGAAAAUGCCAUUAGAGGCUAGCUACUACAGCGGGAUUGACAAAAUGUGGAAAAUUAUGAAUAAAUUUAUGAAAAAAGUUCCUUCUAUUUAUUAGUUUGUGGCAGAAGUUUAAUUUAUCGAACAACUCAAAAAGUUUGAUUUUAUUUUUAACAAUAUUGAGUUUGGAGUUUAAAGAUAUAUUAAUUCAGUCAGAUCGUAAUGUGGAAAGCUCUUUUAUGUGUCAGAUGAACAGAUUUUUGAGCUUGUGCAAGAACCUAAGAAUAUAGAAAAGAUUACAGAAAUAGUUUGCAAUAUAUUUGAUAAUUUCGAUUAACUAAUAAUUUUGGAUGGAAUAUCAUUUUUAAGUUAUAAAAGAUAAAUUUAAGCUGAAAAAUUAGUUUCAAAAAAGAAUAUCUCUAAAUUUGAUAAUUAAAAAAAGAAAUAAAAAGGAAUACUAAAAAAUGCCUAAAAAAUAAUUAGCAAAUAAGACAGUAACAUUCAAAUUGCAGAUUAGAGUUCAAAGAAUAUACAAAGCCACAGUAUUAUAAAUGGAGAAGAUGCUGAUCAGGAAAAUGUUGAUAAAGACUUACUGAUGGAGUAGGAUUUAAAAAAGGUAACUAUGGAAUCUUAAGAAAAUGUACUACUUGAUGAGGAUGACAUCGAGAGAGAAGAGCUUAUCAAGACUAUUAGAGAAUAAGAAAUUGAAGAAAUUCGCAAAUAAAAGUUUGAAGAAGAGAAGAGAGAAGAAGAGUAUUACAGUUAGUAAAAAGAAUAAAGAUACUUAAUUGGAGUUGUUGGAAUUAACAAUAACUCUAUUCUAUUCAACCUUCAUUUAGAUAUAAACCUCCUAUAUGGAAAUAGUUACGAAAUCCUGAAUUUCAUUUAAACAUAAUCAUAGAUAAAGAUGUAAUAAGAGAUUCACUAGGUCAUACAAUUCAGGCUCUCGCAGGACACUAACGAAAUAACUGAUUUCUUUUUAAAAACAAUUUUUAACGACUUUAUUUUCAGUGCCACUCAAGUUGCAGAGGACUAUUAUUUUUGGAAUAAAAUAUCUUUUUUGUCUAUUAACCAAUAGAAAAAUGGAGAAAAUAUUACUUAGUCUAUUGGUGAUAUUUUGAAGUACUAUAUCGGAUAUUAAAAGGCUAUUUGCAAUUAUGAAAGAAACAACUCAAAGAUUAAACUAAUGAAAGAAGUAAAAAUACUACAAUUAAUUUACUACAUAGAAUGGCUUUAAAGAGAAUCUAAAAAUAAAGAUUUUAGCUCAUCUUUAGAAUCUUUCGAUAGCAUAAAGCGCUUCAAGUAUAAUCUCAAUGAACGAACUGGAAUUCUGACUCUUUAAAUCUUGAAUAAAGUCUUUUAGUACGGAUAUAACUAUUUCUCUCCAACCAAAAGAAUAUUCAGGAAUCCUCAAUCUGACAAAGUUUUCGUAUUUUUGUGCUAAAAUCUGCUUGACUUUAAGUUUUCUAUUCUCACUCAUAAUAGAUACAAAAAAGAUGGAAAGAGAUCUAUCAUUUAAGAAUCUUCAAUUAUGUUUGGAAAUUUAGUGUUUGAACUUCAUGUUUAAAGAAUUUUCAGUUUGAAUUACUUUUAAAAUAUUUUAUAAGGAAUUUGCGCCUGUGGAGAUUGGCUUUAUUUAGACGGAUUUGAAGAAAUGAGUAAUUAAUAUUGGAGCUUUUUAAGAACAUUUUCAGAUAAUCUGAUUAGGAACAGAAUUUUGAAUAAUGAUAUUAUACAAUUCGGUUUACAUAAUAUAAAAUGCACUUAUUCAAAUUAAAUCAUAUGCUCUUAUGAUAAAAAAUCUAAAUUCUAAACUUUAGAGUUGGAUAACUAAGUAAAAGAAAAAUUUAGGAUAUUAGAUAUUCAAAAACAAGAUGUAUUUUAAAUUAUUAAUGCUCUUGUAUAGUCAAUUGAUAUUCCAAAAUCUGAAAUUCUAGGAUAAAUUUUAUCCAAAAUUAUUUUUUGCAUUUCGAAGUAUAUAAAGGUAUAAAAAAUUUCAUUUACAAACCUUUGUUCAGUGACAGCAAUUAUAACUUAGUUUAGACUAUCAGUUGAUAAGUUAGACUAAAAGUUAAAAAAUCAUAAAAAAAUAUACUUUUAAAAUUGUCUUCAGUGUAUAAAAGAGAGUGUGCAAAGUUUCUAUCUUUCGUAAUUAGAGGAAGAAAGCAAAAUUUUAAUUUUGAAAAUUCUCAAAAAUGCCAUAAAUCCAUACAAAAAAAAUAUAACUAACCUUUAAAUCUUUGAGCUGACGAAACAUAUUAAUAAUGAAAAAGCUGAAGAUAAAAUAGAAAAUGUUUAAAAAAAUCUUAGAGACAUCUAAGAUGAAUCACUAAUUAAAAAAGCUAUAAUUAUCAUUUUUAGAUAAAUUGGAUAUUAAAAUCCAAACUUUUACUUAAUAGAAAAAUGUGUUUCUGUAAUUUAAAACAUUAUGCAAAAUAAAGGUGUGUUGCUCUCAGGCUUAAAAGUUAACUACAAAAAUUUAGUCAUCAAAAUUGUUAUGAUAUACUUUGAAGUUUAUGCCUAUCCCACAUACUUAAAAAAUGAAGAUUAUCAAAAUAUUUUCAUUAAUGCAUAACCUAAAUAUUUAAUGUUUGGAUUCAAUGAUCCUCAAAGAGUUUAAAGCUAACCUGGGACAUUUUUUAGAAUUAUAUAAGAAAUUUUAAAGAAAAAUAAGAAAUAGAAUAAUGAGAACACGUUUGUCAAAGAUCUUAAAAGGAAAAUAUAGAAAAGAACAUCGUUAGAGGUUAAAUAAAUAAUUAAAUAGCAAGCAAAAUAUUAGUAGGAAUAAUAUGCAAGAGGAGAGAAACUUAUUGACUUAGAUGAUUAUGAUGAAUAGCAAAGCUCUGAUUCUGAAUCUAAUAUGACAACUUCUUAUCAAGUUUAUAAAGCAAAACAAAAGGAAUAUUAAUCUUCUUCAUCAGAGGAAGAGGAAUCUGAUGAUGAGUCAGAUAAGAAUUCAAAAAAUUUAUUUGAUAUUAGAAAUAAAAAGAGAUAGCUUCAAAAAAAAUAAUUGUAACUUUAAAAAUCAAAUAAUACUGAGUAAAGCAAUUAAAGCUCUAGUAGUAAUAGUUCUUAAUCAGAAGAAUAGGAUAUAUCUUCAGUUAGUUAAACACCUUCAGAAAGCUCAGAAAGUGAUCAAAGUGCAUAAAGUAAAACAGAUUCAGAAAAUGAAAGUUUAGAAAAUUCAAAUGUAGAUUCAAUUUUAAGCUCUUAAAAGAUUGAAGAUAACUUAGAAGCUUCUAUAAAUUCUUAUAGCAGUUAUAAUAGUAAAGUGAUAAAAAUGCAAAAAUAAUAAACUAUAAAAUGCAAUUAGAUUUAUAGUGAAAAGGAUUACUCAUAAAAAAGAUAGAAAAAGGUAAUUAAAAGAAUUGUGUUAAUUGAUGCUGUUUUAGAUUAGUAGUUGUGCACUAUGUUUAAAACGCCUGAAAAAAUUGUUCAAGAAAGUAAACAACAAGUAAACUUAAUAAAAAAUAAUAUUUUCCUUGUCAUUUCUUGUGAAAAUCUUUCAAGGAUAGAUGUUGAUAUGAUUAAUAACUAUGGUCUUGUUAAUGUUGAUUAAUCUUGGGAUGUCUGUUUUUAGUAUGAGCAUUCGUACUUUAAAAGCUCUUAAAUUCCAUAGUUUUUUGAAAAUUAUGAUGUUGAGCUGAUUGAUUUUUUAUUCAAUUAAAUAUUUUAGCCACUUGUAAAAUGGAUUUGUAGUUACAGUGGAGAAUCCUCUUAAGAAAAUUAAAUGAGACAGAUAUCUUCAAAGUUUAAAACUAAAUUCGAUGACUUUAAAUUUAAUACUACCAAAAAGAGCAUUUUUUUAACAAAUGAAAACUAGUUUUCAAACAACAAAAAAAACUCAAUUACUUCUCCUCUUUUUCAAAAUAAAUAGAAAGUUUAUUCAGAUUAUAAUAUUAGUGAAAGUCAGAAUACUAACUUUUACAUCAACUCUAAAAAAAUAAUUGAUACAGUUUCAGAAAGUAGCAUUAGGAAUUCUAAAAUCGAAGAGAGUUUGUAGAGUGCUUUGAAUUAGAGUAAAUAAAAUGAAGAGCAAGCCCUUUUAAUUUAGAAUAGAGGCAUCCUUAUCUUUUAAAUAUCUGACAAAGAAAUGUACUUUUGUUUGACUAGAGUUUUCUCUCUAUUUUUAAAACCUUUGUAAGAUGAAUAAAUAUACAAUCAUAGAAUAUUUUAGAAUAAUAUGAAAAAUCGUUCUAUUUUGAUCAUUUAAAUGUUUGUAUUUUCCUUGGUUUCAUCUGUUGGAUAACUCAUUUAGAUUGAACACAGGAAGCUCUUCGACUAAUAUUUAAAAGACAUUCUACUCAAGGAUGUAGUUUAAUUCAACAAAUUAGUCAACAAUAUAACUCUGCCAUAAGAAGCAACACUCUUUGAUUUUUACUUAGACACAUUUCUUUACAAAUUAGUCAAAUAAAAAAACAAAUAAAAUGAAUCAAGCAAAUUUUAGUUCAUUUUCAACUCACAAAAACCUAAAAAAGAUGACAGUUAAAUUGAUGUUUUCCCUUUAUAUGAAUGGAAAUCCUAUUCUGAAUCAGCUAGUUAAGAUAUUUUAGAUAAAAGUAACACUGUAAAGUUAUAAAGUAAAGGAGUUAAUAUUGAUAUUCAAAAGUUAUUUUUUGGCAAUACUAUAAUUAUUCCAACUCCUCAACUGGUUAAGACAAUAUCUAUGUUAAAUCUUUUAAUUAGCAAUAAAAUAGAUGUACUAAUAGCCUGCUCUUAAAAUUGCUAUGGUAGGACAACAUAUCUUAAGCAAUUUGUUCUUUCUAAAAAGUUAGACUUUAAUAAUAGUAUGAAAAAACAUAAGGAAGAGACCAUGCUUAAAUAUACAUAACUGAGUGCUAACCGCAGAUCUAUUUUGGAUCAAGCCGAUACAUUAUCAUAUUAUCCUAUGAUGAAGGGAGAGCAAGAAAAAUUACUAGAUAGAAUAACAGGAGAAGAAUGCCAAUUAAAAUAAUAAGGAAUAUUUUAUAGGAUUAACACAGUCACAAAUUAUUCUGUUUUUAUGAAGUUUUUAACUGGAAACUUAAAAUUAACAGAAAAUUCAACUUAUGUUCCUCCAUAACUGUGUGAUCAAUUAAUUAUUGUUAUAGAUGAUAUUAAUUUUUCACCUUUAUAGAGUGAUAAUAAUCCUCCAAGUCCCAGUGCUCCUAUUUUGGAAACAAUAAGAUAAAUUAAAUACAAGCAAUAAUUUUAUACAAUUCCAAAUGAUAUUAAUUAUAACGUUUAGUUUAUCAACUAGGUCAAAAAUAUAAACUUUCUCUUAUCAUUUAAUCCAAAUCAUCCUUAUUAAAUAUAAAGAAGCUUAACGAAAUCUUUUCACGUCUACGGAAUAGAUCAGCUCAAUGAAGAAAAUUUAGAAACAAUUUAUUUAAAAACUAUUAAAGAUAAACUCUUAGAUUGCUACCAACAAUAUUUAGUGUAAAUAGAGCAUCAGCAAAAAAACUUGCAUGGAAUAACUGAAAGAACAAUUUAGGGUAUAAGUACUAUGAUCAAUAGCUAUUCGUUAAAAAUUGUUAGAGCCACUUUACAAUAUCACAAAAAAUGCUGUGAGUUAUUUCCUAAACUUUACAAUUAAUAGUAAUUAUGUCAUAUAUUCUAAAGUAUUAUGGGUUUGCUGCAAUAAAGCUAUAUUAUUGAUAAAAAAUCUUUAGCUUAAAUAACUAUUUAUUUAAAUUGGAUAGAAUACAGUCAAUUAUUGUAAAAACAAUCUGAAUUUACAGAAAAAAUAAAUAAUUUAUUUAAUUAGAUAUCAUAAAUUGCUGGUUCGUAAUUUUCAUAUAAUUUAAAAGAGUUUUUUACUGAGAUUUAAAUGGCAUAAUCUUAAAUUAACACAUAAAAGUAGAAUGCUAUCGUUAAUCAAGAAAAUAAUUAAAAUAGUUCUAAGUAAUUAAAUAGAUAAACAUUAAAUCUCGGUAUUGAGGAAGAAAAUGUCAAAUCUGAACAAUAAAAUGAAUUUUCAAGUGAUAAAUUCCUUGAAGGCUUCAUCUUUAAAAAUUCUAUUUAAAGCAUAGAUAGCGAAGAAUAAAAUUUUGAACCUUUUAUUUAGUAAAGUGGAAAGUAAGGAGAAACUUAAAUAAACGAAUUUGAGAAGUAAAUAAUAUGGACAACUGACAUAGUUUAAAAUUAACAAAGUAUUUUCCCUUACUACUUUCGUAAGUAAACUUUUUUUUAAACUAUCAAAGAUUAAAUAGAAAAUUAUAAUCAACAAAAUACUUUAAAAAUAUAAAAAAUAAUAACUUCUCAAUUCAUCUAUUCAUUAAUCAGGAUAAAUCACAUUUUAAUCAAUUCUAAAUAAAAUAUCCUUAUUUAUUCUUAACCUUUUAGCAACCGAAAAAAGAUUCUGAGUUUGAUUUGCUUCAUCAACAAAAUAUAAUUCAAGUACAUCAAAACUGACCAUAUAUCUGAUUUGAUUUAAAUUACAAACAAAUUAAAAAAAUAUUUAAGAUAAACUGCAAUUACAGAUGAGAGAUACUUAGUACAUAUCGAUGAUACGCCUUACACCUCUAAGCAAAUUUAUGAUGCAAUUAGCCAAAUUAUUUCUUGUCACUCUUUCGAAAAUUUCUUUUCAUCAGAAGAAAUAAGAUCAAUAUCAUAAUAAAUGAAGAAGGCUAAUGAAAAGUUAAAAAAAUUUUCUGAUUUUGAAAUGUAAGAGCUAAUGUAUUAUAAAAUGGUUUAGAAUAUUUAAUACAGUAUUAGCUUUUAGCAUACAGAUAUUAAAUAAAAAUAAUAAAAUGAAGAAAUUUAUCCAUUUUUUAAAGAUCAAUUCCAAUAACUGUUCUUACCAUAAAUGACUGUAAACUAGUUACUCGAGUAUACUCAACAAUAUAUUGAGAGUUUUGAUAAUUUAAUAGUUUCUUAAAGUUCUUAACUUUAUCCCUUGCUCAACUCUAUAUUUACUAGUAUGAUUUAGAUUUCUGCAAUGAAAGACAUUAUUUCAAACUACAAAAUUUUCUAGAGCUAUUUAUAGAUAUUGAAUAGCAUUUUUUUGUAAAGAAGUAUUUAUUUGCAGAAAAAACUCGAUAAAAUGUCAGAAAUAUGUUAAAAAAUUAAAGUAAUUAUAAAGAGUUAAAAAAUAAUCUAGAGGAGAUUAUAAGAUAUGAUUCCUUCUAUUGAAAAAGAGUAGGCAAGCAUUGAUUUAAUAUCAAACAAAAUUGAUGAAUCUCAAACUUUAAUUGAUUAGAUCAAACAAGAAUAUGAUUAAAAAAAUUAAGUCUUACAAGAAAAAAUAAAAGUUUCAAACUAAAUUUAAGAAGAAAUAAACAUCAAAAUUUUACAUUCAAAAUAAAAUCUUGAAAACAUAGAAAAGUAAGUUAUAAAUACUGAUAAAAACGAAUUAUAUAUUCUUAAAUAGAUGAAGCUUCCUAGUAAUACUAUGAAAUUAAUUCUCUAAGGUCUUUGUUUUUUAAUUUAUCCAAACCCACUAGAAAAAAGAAAAAACCAAUAAAAUGGUUAAAUAGAAAUUGAUUGGUGGGCAGCAUCUGUUAAGAUCCUAAAUAAUCCGAAAUUCCUAGAAGAUUUAGUGCAUUUAGAUAAGCAAACUGUAGGAAAAGACCAAAUCAAUAAAGUCGAAGCGCUUUUUGAAGAUAAUUAAAAAUUUAUAAAUUCAAAAGUCAUUGAAAACUAAUAAAAAGGAUUAAAAGUCAUUUUUUAAUGGAUGACUUCUUUCAUCGAUUAUCGUAAACUAGAAAUUGAGCUUGAACCAUUAAAGAAUGAAUAUGAUAACGCACUUAAUGAGUAAGAUAUUCUAAACUUGGAAUGCUAAGAAAUUGCAAGCAAACUUGAAAUUGAAUAAGGUUCUUUAAGCAUCCUAAAAAACACUCAAAAUGACUUGAUAAAUAGAAAAAAAGAAAUUCAAUAAAAGUUUGAUGUUUUAAGCUAAAAAGAAUAAAUUUUGAACACAUUUAUAAAUGAAGCUAUGCAGUUCUUUAAUAUUUUAGACAUAGAAAAAAUUGAACUGGAAUAAAUGUAAAAAAACCUAUUAAGAGAUUGUUGCUAUUCAGCUAUUAUAUUAAAUUACUUUGGUAGAUUUAAUAAUUCAGAUAGAAAAGAUUUUAAACUCCAUCUUAGGUCUUCUGUGAAUGAGUUUAGCUAGCUGGAAGAUGAAGAUUUACAUAAUUUGUUAAAGUUUUAAUUUGAAGAAAAGUAGAUUGAAAUUGACAACCUAUUUUUGCAAAACUUUAAUUUUGAUACUUUUUUUAUUGAAAACUAUUUUAUCAUAACAAAUUCAGUAUGCUUAUGGACUUUCUCUUAUGAUCCCUUGAAUAUUUUAGACCAGCUAAAAUAAAUUUUGAAAAUUGAUUUAGAGUGUUAACAUUAAGAUUAAAAAAUAUUGUAGGAGCACUUACAGGAAUAUUCUAGCUAAAAAGUAAAAAUUUUAGUUAAAAAUGUUGAUACAAAUUUUGAAAAGAAAUAUUAUAAUCUAAUUAAAAAAAUUUAUGACUCUGAAAAUGAUGAAUUUAAUUGUAUCAACUUUGAUAAAAAAUAACUCAAAAUAAAUAAAUAAUUUGAAUUGUAUUUCUAAACUAAAAAUGAAGACUUCUUUUUAUAAAAUAAAUAUAAUAAUUAUAACUUCAAUUUAAUUGAUUUCUCUUAACGUUUGAAUUUGGACAACUAGAUAUACAAGUAGAGUAUGUAAAAAAAAUUAGAGAAAUCAUAUUAAAUUGAAGAUAUAAAAAAAAAUAUUUACAACUACAUAGAAAAUUCAUCUGUAGAAAAUGAAACAAGGCUCUUUGCAGAUGAUUUUUUGAAAUUAGUUGUGGAUUAUUUUCAAAAGUACAAAGAAAUUAAAUAGCUAAAUCAAUGA